UAGAGGGGGAUAUUGCAGGGGCUCAGCUGUUUGCUGUCUUAUUUUGAGUUUUCUUUGACUCCAACAGCUGGGCCCUGGAUCCUUUUUUAUGGAGGAUAGUGAAUCUUUGGGUCAGAAUAACAGUCCUGAGAGGGACAUGACCAAGGAGGAUGUUCCCGAGUCAUCGCAGGGAGACUCUGUCCUGGUUAGACACCAAAGCCUUUCCCAUAACCUUGACCGGCCUGUUGUCCACCAAGUGGCGUCUGCCCCGAUGCCUUUGGACUGUGAGUUCACGUUCUUCGACCCUAGCGAGCCGCAGUGCCGUGCUGUCCUGGUCGACCCGCAGACCACCGUGCCGGAGCUGUUUGCUGUGCUGAGGCAGUGGGUACCUCAGGUGCAGAGGAACAUCAACCUCAUCGGCAAUGAGAUCCUGAAGCGAGGCUGCGGCAUCAAUGACCGAGAUGGCCUGACAGACAUGAGCCUGCUCCAUUACUGCUGCAAGGCGGGAGCCCCCGGCAUCGGUGAUGCGGAAGGGGCGGCUGGCUUUGCGCGGCAGCUGCUCUCGCUCGGAGCCGAGCCAAGCCUGCGGAGCCGCUGGACCGACAUGAGUGCGCUGCACUACGCGGCCUACUUCGACGUGCCACAGCUCAUCCACGUGGUGCUGGAGGCCGCGCAGCCGGGAGAAGUGGACGCCACCUGCAGCGAUUUUGACUUCGGUACCGCCCUGCAUAUCGCCGCAUCCAACCUGUGCGUCUCUGCCGUCAAGUGCCUACUGGAGAUGGGGGCCAACCCUGCCUUCAGGAACGACAAGGGCCAGUGUCCUGCUGACGUGGUACCCGAACCAUUGGACAUGCCGCUGGAGAUGGCCGAUGCGGCCGCCCAGGCCAAAGCACUGCGGAGUCUGCUGAGGGAGGCUCUGCCCCAACUGCGGUACCCCGGCGCGCCCCCGGCUCCCGGUGUGCUCUCGGACCAUGCCAGGACACAGCUUCUCAGCAUGGGCAUCCGGCUGGGGGAUCGUGUGGUCAUCGCGGGGCAAAAGGUCGGCACCCUGCGAUUCUGCGGCAGCACUGAAUUCGCCGGGGGCCAGUGGGCCGGGGUAGAGCUGGACGACGCUGAGGGCAAGAACAACGGCUCGGUGGCCGGAGUCCAGUACUUCACCUGUCCACCCAAACAUGGUAUUUUUGCCCCACUGUCAAAAAUCAGCAAACCCCCAGAGAGGCGUAAGCAUGCCACUGUGCGAAGCUCCACCCCUGGCCGCCAGGCCCGGCCUGACCUGUCGCAUGUGACCUCCAAGAUCAACACAGGUGCUCUGUCUCUUAGCGGUUCUUCCUCUUCCUCCUCUCUGGACUCCAGACACGGUUCUAAUUCCCGGACUCGCCCGUUUCCCCGGCAACGACCCCCCGCUCGGCCGCACAGAGAGCGAGCAUCACUCAUCCCUAAAACUGCUUCUGCGAGUGCCCCCCCCUCAGCCGGUUCCCGGAGCAGGACGCCCUCUGUCAGCAGCUCGCUGUGUGACAGCCCUGAUGUGAGGCUGGGCGAGCGCGUGCUGGUGGUGGGCCAGCGUACAGGGGUCGUGCGCUUCUGCGGCAAGACUAACUUCGCCCCAGGUUUCUGGCUGGGAAUCGAGCUGGACAAGCCGAGCGGGAAGAAUGACGGCUCGGUGGGUGGGGUGCGCUAUUUCACCUGUCCUCCCAAACAUGGCAUCUUCGCCCCGCCCUCACGCGUGCAGAGGAUCCAUGGCUCUGUAGACUGCCUUUCCGAACUGUCCUCCUCGAGACUCAACAAAUCAUUGGGCGGUAUCCGGCGUACCCUCAGCAGCUCCUCGGCCUUCUCCAUGCAGAAAGAGCAGAAUCGCAGGAGUCCUGUCAGCAGGACACGGACGACCGUGUUGAGGCAGCGGUGGAGUGCAGCGGGGUCUGGGUCCCCAGGAGGAACGGACGGGGGGGCCAAGCUACACGUGGGCAUGCAAGUCCUGCUGUGUAGCGCGAACGAGAUGGCCGUGGUGCGCUACCUGGGCGCGGCCGACUUUGCACCAGGGCUAUGGCUGGGCCUGGAGCUCCGGGGGCCCAAGGGUAAAAAUGACGGCUCCGUGGAGGGACGUCGCUACUUCAGCUGCAGGCCGGGGCACGGGGUCAUGGUGCGGCCCAGUCGGGUCACCUAUCGAGGCAUAAAUGGGGCCAAGCUGGUUGAUGAGCUCAUCUGAAGAGAGGGCUUGUGCUCAGCUGGCUCCGGGGGGAAGGUAAUGAUCUGCAAGCCACGGCAAUCGACUAAACACUAGUGACUUAACGUUCUGUAAUAAAAUUUAGUUUAUUACUGUUCCUUGGUGAUGGAGAGAGCAAAGUACCGGAAGUGACUAGGAGAUCUUAGACAAAAUGUGAUUUAGUGAAAUGAGACUCUCCUGGAAUGAGACGUACCAGGCUGUACAAGAGAUUCCCCCUAAAUCUUAGUGCUGGGCCUUGCUCACCUCCGUCUGGUGCUUGUACUCCAAGGCGCAAUCAGACUGGCCUGGUCUCAGCAGUGGCAGGGAGAGAAUCUCCACAAGCAGGCGCUUUCCAUCACUCAGAUUGGCAAAACCCUGGUAGCACUUUAAAAUGGCUCGUAGCACGUUGUUAACCUGAUAUAGCAACUGUAGCACUUAACUACUGAUCUCUACUGAAACAUAGGCAAUGGACUUGGCGCGUUGUUGCUGUAGGUAAUGUGAAUGACUAUCAUUGUCCUAUAAAGCGUAAUAGACCAACAGCACUUUAUUAACAUUUUUGCUGAAAAGAAAAGUCUGAGAAUUGUCAUCUAACAGAUUUAGCUGCGACGUUUCUUAUUAUGGACAUGCACCAAAUGUCAGGGUUAUCUGACCAAAAAAUGUAAAUUAUGUUGUUCUACUGUUCAGCUGUUUUCAGGGUGUGGUGAGUGUGGAGCUAAAUCACAAAGAUGUUAUUAAUAAUGGCUUGUUUCACUGAGUAGAAAAAAUGAACUUAAAUGUCACCAGUAAGGAUGGGUCUCAUAGUCAUGUGACUGUCACGUACACGAUCAUAAUUGAUCUUGAUCUUGGGAAAGAUCUCUGGCCAGGAUCUCACGCCUCCUUCACACAUACCUGCAAAAGCUUCUUCAUCAUCCAUGUGACGCUGACAGUUGGAGGCCUUAAGCAAACCGCUGUUAAUCCCAUCUUGGGCCUCUUGGUCAGGGUAGCAGCACUGUGGGAUUUCAUGCAACAGCGCUUGAUGCUGAAGGACGUGUCCAAGACUGCGACAGGGUGGGGCAGGCCGCCGGGCACGGACCCGUGUAUCUACCAGAUGGUUGUCGGGUCUCUGGUAAAGGAGGCGGCGCCGUCCUUGGCAGCGUGACAGCCGUGAGCCCUGAUUACUCACAUUACCGCACUGCUCAGAUCUUCCAGCCUGGAUUCUCCACUGUAUGUAUGUAAGUCUUGCGACCAUAUAUAUAGAAUAUAAGAGGUGUGUUUUGGCUUGUCAGAUGUUAGUAAACUGCUAAUUAAUUUGUAUUUUAGUAGCAUACUCUACACAUUAAUUGUAAAAAUAAUUUGUAAAAUAAGACAUGAAUAAAAAUUUGUAUUUCAAUAAUUCUAA